AUGCACAGACCAAUGGUUAACCACUGGCCGCAAAAGGGGGCCCCGACGGCCGAAGUCGAAGCGCCCCUGGCUGCCGGCGGCGGCGGCAGCAGCAGCAGCAGCAGCAACGCCGAAGCAGCAAUACCUGCUGCUGCUGACGCCACUGGCAGUAAUCAUACCUCUGCUGCUCGCCGUCUUUUGUUUCUCUGUCUUAUCCUCUGUGCUGUCGCCUUCCCGCUAUCUGCAGCAGCGGGAAAGCUGAAGCAGCUGCAGCAGACCAGGCGGGUGGUGGCGCUGGAGCAGCAAGUGCAGCACCAGGAGAAGCAGAUGAGACACAUGCUGCAAGAAAGCAAAACGAAACUAGAGCAGCAGCAGCAGCACCAGCAGCAGCAGCAGCACGAACUGCAGCAGGAGCUGCAGCAACGGGCAGAGCGCGUGCAGGAGCUCGAGCAAGAGUUGGAGGAGCUGCAGAAGCAGCACGAGGAAGAGCUGCAGAUCCGAGAGCAGCAGCAGCAGCAGCAACAGCAGCAGCAGCAGCAGCAGCCUGAGCUUUUAUUAGCCCGCCAGCUCGUGCAGCAGCUGCAGCAACAGUACCAGGAACUGCAGCACAAGCUGGUGCAGCUGCAGCAGCAGCUCAGCAGCCUCCAGAAGCAGCAAGACCAGGAUAAGCUGAGCUUCGAGCUGCACUUGCAUCAGCAAGAAUUGCAUUUGCUGCACCAAGAGCUGCACAAUCAAGUGCAGCGGCAGCAGCAGCAGCUGCAGCAGCUGCAGCAGGAGUCGGAGCAGCGGAGGCAGCUGAGUCGCCAGGAGCAGCUGUGGCAGCAGCACGCGAAGCAGGAGCCGCCGCAGUGGCUGCUGCAGCAGCAAGGCCUGCUGCAGCAGCAAGGCCUGCUGCAGCAGCAAGGCCUGCUGCAGCAGCAGGGCCUGCUGCAAUUCCUGCUGCAGCUGCUGCAGCAAGGUGGAAGUGACAACUUGCAGCUUGCUGCUUUGUUCAUUGAGUCUCACAGUUUGCUGCAGCAGGUGCAGCAGCAGGAGCAGCACGUGCAGAGCCUCCGUUUGCGGCAGGACGAGCUGCAGGACAAGCUGCAGCAGGUGCUGCAGCAGCAGCAGCAGCAGCAGCAGCAGCAAGAGCUCCUGCAGGAGGAAAGCAGCAGCAAAAUGCCUGGAGACACAGGAGAACAGCCCCAGGAUUCUCCUGCUUCUCCCCGCAAGCUGCGCGCCCAGAGCCUCACGGGCGAGAUUGUUGUGAGGGCCGAUGAAACAAUGUGCGCGUGGAUGUUUGACACUCUGUUGUCGCACUUUGGCCUGUCGCGGACUCCGCCGUCGCCGCCGGACUCGGUGUUGGCGCUGCUGGAACAAGGUGGGGAGGGUCUGGGGUCUGGGUCUGGGGUCUGGGUCUGGUGCGCUGGCUCCCUCAAACCCUCGCCCAUUGUGGAACUUAAGGACUAUGCGCUAAUUAGCGCUCUGCAAGACUCCCGGUUUGACCCAAUCACUCCGGAAGAAAUCCCAGAUCUCGUUUGCCAGGUUUCCUUGCUUCACAGCUUCGAGCCGGGAGUGGACGCCUAUGACUGGGAAAUUGGCGUCCACGGCAUCACCAUUAAAUUCACUGUGCCGGGACCGAGGGGCCGGACUUACCAGGCGACCUACUUGCCGGAAGUGGCAGCGGAGAUGAACAUGAGCAAGGAAGAAACGAUUGUUUCGCUGGUGCGGAAGGCGGGCUACACGCGAAGCCCCAUAGACGCAGACUUGAUAGCUAGCAUUUCUUUGGAGCGCUACAAGUCCUCUCGGGCGCAGCUGGACUACAGGAGUUACGUGGAGAAAUAUGUGAAAGAGGACGAAGAAAUGGUGGUUUAG